AUAUAUAUAUCUUAGUUCAUGGUAAUAACAGUAAAGUUGUCGCCUACUCACACGAAUGUAAUGUCAUUCAUUCCAAAAUAUGUUUGUCAUCUAUGUAUCACAGAAAUAGAAACCUACGGCCUACGCUGAAUCGGACAUGUCCGAGAAUAGUAUUUUUGGAACCCCUGCGCGUCCACACGGCUUAUGCGAUAGGAAUUGAUUCUAAGUAUGAUACUAGGUUCAGACGAGUUGAUUUCAAUUAGUGCUGUUUCACAUUUCUAUAAGCGCCGUUGAGUUAAAUUUUUUUUUCAAUUUCCUCCUGUUGUAGGUUGUUAGCCAUUUAAAGAAAUUACAUUUGCAAAAUAAAUCUGUUAACGGUCCCUAAGGCACGUACGCCUUUCAGUAAUAAAUCAUCUCUUAGUCUACUAUAUUCAUACAGAGUAACAUUAUAUAGGUAGGUACACUACAAUAAUCAGAAAUUUGACUAAACUGCUGUUACCGAUAUGGCUAACGGUACAAAGAAACUCGAUGAACACAACUUAAUGGUGCUCAGAGAACAACUAUCAUUGCCUGCAAAUAAAUAUUGCUUCGACUGUCACCAAAGAGGACCAACAUAUGUGAAUGUUACCAUAGGUUCAUUUGUCUGUACAUCAUGUUCUGGACUAUUACGAGGUCUUACUCCACCACACAGAGUAAAAAGCGUAUCAAUGGCAACAUUUAGCACAGAGGAAAUUGACUUUAUAAAAUCCAGAGGAAACGAAAGCUGUCAAAGGGUUUGGUUAGGAAUGUAUGACUCAAAACAACCUACAAAAGAUGAAAAACAAAUAAAAGAAUUUAUGGUUGCGAAAUAUGAAAAAAAAAUGUAUUAUUCUGAUCAAGUUUCACAAAAACUAAAUAAUGGUACUCAGGCAAGGCCUGCUGUUACCACUUUUACUACAAAUCAUCAAAACACUAGUACUACUACUACUACUACACCUGCAAUAAAUAUAUCAUCCCCAAACAAAUUUGAGUUUUUAAAAGAAGAACCCUCGAACCAAAAUCAAUCUCCAAUUCAAACAUCUCAAUCUUUUGCAAAUUUUGAAAAUAAUCCAGUGUUUUCUACAUCUUUUGAUACUUCUAAAAAUAUUGACUUAAAUUUUAAGUUUGUUCAACCACUUCAAACUGGAUAUUUUGAUUAUUUGACAUCAAAUCCAAUACAAUUUUCACCAGCAAGAAAACCGAACAACAUAAAUAAUCGAUGGAGUGUAGCAAUUGAAAGUACAAGUCCUAGUACAAGUUGGAAAGCAAAUGGUUCUCAAGCACCAACUGAAGACCGUUAUGCUGCAUUGAAAGAUCUCGAUUGCUUGAUGAAAUCUCAAGUUCAACAAGAUACUCCUCCCCAAUUAAAUAAUAGUAACAGCUCUGCAUGGAGUUCUGAUGCAUCUUUGAAUGGAACAUGGAGCAGUCAAGUCUCUGAAAAUACACCUCAGAACCCAUUCAAAAAUAGUGUUGAAGAUGAUUGGGCAUCAACAAAUCAUGUAGUUAACCCAUUUACAAAUAAUAUACCAGAUGAUUGGCAGAAUAAUAUUCAAUGGCCAAAUGGUUUAACUUCCAGUCAAUCGAUGGGUUUUAAUGAUGCAACACCUUGGAGUGCAGAUUUCUCAAAUCCGUUUAAAGUUGGAUCAGCCUCUCCGUUAAAUAAACAUUCAAGCAAUCCAUUUUUAUAAAACCAUUCACGUCUCACCAGGGAAAAUAAAAUUAUCUGGUAAAACGAAAAGCAUUCAACAUCAAUGCCUAACUAUAGCAACAGAUUUAUUAUAUUUUAUUUAUAAUACUAUGUUUUAAAUCUAAACUUGGCGAAAAAUAUAAUUAAACAUAUACAAUAAUAAUAAUUAGUAAGAAAUAUUAGUUAUUUAAUUAAUUAUUUAUUUCAAGCAUAUAAUCUCAUCAUAUAGCUAGCCAUUUAUUACUAUUCCUACAUUCAAAUUUAUGCAACUGUCUAGUCUUGAAAAUAUUUAUAGUUCGCUUCAAGUUUUUACAUAGUUAUUUUUUACAUAAAAUUAUUUUUGUAAGUUUUAAAUAUAUGCCUAUGCAACUUAAUACACUAUUCAAUAUUUCACAUGAUCAGUGUAUAAGACAAAUGUUGCAGUGUUAUAUUCAUUAAUAUGCAUAUAACACAGUUAGUUUUGCAAGUUACUAACUUAUGAGACAAGAAACUUAUUUUUAUAUUUACUCCAGAAUCUUUGCAAAUUAGUGAAUGUGUCAAUUUAUUGCAUGCCCAAACUUUUAAGUUUCACCUGAAUACAUUAAAGAGUUGUGCUUAAGUUUUGAUAAUUUUUUUAGUAGGUAUCCUUAUGUACUAUAAAGUUCAUAGCAGUCCCAAUGUUUUUGAAUUUUGAACUGUAUGUCUGAGUGUACUAAAAUAAUUUUAAAUUAAAUAAAUCACUAAUUAUACUAUACUUUAAUUUAUCUAAAAAAUUAUUUCUGGUAUUUAUGAAUUCAUUUAAAUUUAAUAGUAUGUCAUCAAAAUCAUUUUCUUUUUUCAGUCUGGUACAUAAAUUAUAAUUUCAUAUUUUAUUAAAUAUUGAUCACUUAUGUUCAAUGUUUAAUUGUAAACUUCAAAACUUCAUAGCUUAUUCAUAUUUAUAAAAAAAAUAUAGUAACUAUUUGGAUAAACUUAAUGUAUGCAAUAAAAACUAUAAAUAUUGGGAUUGCUAAAAAGUGUAUACUUUAAUGUAUUUUAAGAGAUCCGCUGAUUCAAUUGUAAAAACAAAUAAAUUAAAUUAAAUGAAUAGUUUAUAUAUUUUAAAGAAUCUCUAUCCCAAUAUUAUAAAUGUGUAUACAAACUUACAUCAAACAUUUAACAUGUAUCACAAAUUUGUACUGGCUGUAGUUAAUAUUAACUAUUAGUAUUUAAACAAUAUUUAUUUUAUAUUUUUAAUUGUUUAUUAAUGUUUUAUUCUAAUUUAUUUUUGAUUGAAAAUGUAUUAUAAUCUAACAUUCGUCAUAGUGAUUACUUUAUAAGUUAUUUAGUUAUUUAACUUAUUUCGAACAAAAUUUAAGCCACUUAACUAUUUUGAGUAUUAGAUUUAAAAAUUGUAAUAUUGAGUCAAAGAGAAAGUUGUUAUUUUUUUUUUUAUGUAUAAAGAGUUUUAAUUGUAAUAUUCAUAAAAUUGAAAAAAGUAUUCCUGAAACAAAGUACUAUUAUAUUUUAUAUUUAUGUUUACAAAAUUUACCAAGAUUUUACCUAAUUAUUGUUCUUAAUGAUUAUAAUUCUAUGUGUUUGUAAUGGUAAGUCAAAAUUUGUGUUUUAAAAAAUCAUUGUAUUUAUAUAUAAAAAAGAAAAUGUUUAAAGAAAUAUUUAGCAUCAAAAAAAUUGUUAUAGCAGUUAGGUGUCAUUAAAAUAUAAUAUUGAUAUACACAAUUUAAUUUGAAAUUAAACUUGAAUAUUUUUUUUAUUUUUUUUUAUGUUGUUUAUUACCUACUAAUAUUUAAAUGUAUACAUAUUUAAUAUGGCUAAACUAAAAACAACAACAAAGAUUUUAAUUAAUAUUAAUGACUACUAAGUUAAAUGAACGAAUGUUAAUGUAUAUUGUAAUCAUAACAUACAUUAAACCUACAUUUUAUUAUAUUAUAUGGUUUAUAAUUUUUAUUUGAUGCUAAAUUUGCUUGGAAUUAUGUUUGUGUGCACCAAAGUAUGUUAAUCAUGUUUAACAAAUGUAACUGUGAUAAAUUUUUUAUUGUACCUAAAAUGUAUGUUUAAUUUUGAAGAAUGUUUAUCUUGGAGUAAGUUAAGUUUGUUGGAUUAGUAUUUUGAAUGGGCUAUAUUUAUCAAAGUCAGUUUUUACCCAUUGGUUGUUAAAUUAAUUAUUAUUUAAUUUUUUCUAAUAAAAAAUUAUAAAAUCACUCCUUUAAAGUAAUUUUCUUCUCAAAUUAUUUAUGUUUUGUAAAAAUACCUAUUAUAAAAUGUUUAAUCAUAUUAAUAAUUAAUAAAUCCUUAUAACAUAAUAUGAAAAAUUGUAUAUAUAAUAUAUACAUUAUAUAGAUUAUAAUAUAUUCAUGUAAGCACCCUUAUGCAUACGAGUUCAUUAAUCAAGAAUCAAAUAUUUUUGUUUAAAUUCAAUCUAAUCUAUCUUUCUUUUUAGAUUUUAAAUCUUAUAAAGAUUAUUUUAAUUUAGUAUAUUUGCAUAGCAAUUUAAAAAUAUUUCUUUGACCUUGAUCACCGUUUGUCAAUUAAAUACACUUAUUUAUCUGUCUUAUACUUCCAUAUCAUACAUUUCAAUAUCUAAACAUUUGUAUCGGCCCUUUUUAUAUGUACCUCGACUGUUUUACCUAAUACAUUUUUUUUUUAUAUGUUGCACAGGGUGAUCCAUAAUUUAGAUAGUUCUACAGUGAUUUUCAGGUAGAUAUUGCUAUUCAAAUCUAGAUAUGUUUUGUUGUUUUUUUUUUAUUAAAUAUAUUUAUGUAGAAUAAUAGUACUUGAAACUUACAGGGUUGUGGAGAAUAAAUAUUUUACCAAAACAAAUGUAUAUACAAAAAGCAUAAAACAUUUUAAUAUUGAAUUAUACAAGCAUUAUAGACAAAUUAUUCCUGAUUAACAAUACAAUAUUAUUAUGACAAUGAAAUUUACCUAAUUCAACUGAAAAAUUUACCAAAAAUACUAUUAAUAUAUUAUUCACUUCCAUUAAAAAAAAUUAUAUAUUUCUGAUUUAACACUAAAUGUUAUUCAUAAAACUAUCAAAAUAAUUUUUGUAUUUGCGUUAACAUUUUAUUGAGAAAAUAUUUACUCGCAACAUUAUUAAUUAUAACCCUUAGUGUCACUAUAUUAUUUGAAUAAAAUAUUUGAAUUAUUAAUUUCAUUUUAAUAUUAACUGCUAUUAAUUGGAAAAUAUAUAUUUAGUAUUUUUUUUAAGUUCAUCCACCUAACUUAAGAAUAUAAUAAUUAUUUUCUAAUGGGGUACCUAUUUGGACACUUUUUAUAAAAUAAAAAUAUACCUAUUGAUUAAUUUAUAUUUAUAUAACUCAAGAUCUAUUUUGACAAUUUUGUUAACCUCUGUGGUAGAGCACAUGAACUCAUAUCAAAUCUAAAGGAUUGUUAAUGCUAGUACAAUAUGUUUACACAACUAGUGAACAAUAAAUGUAUACAAUAUUUAAUAUUAUAAGUACCUAUUAUUAUUGUUAUUAUUAUUUGAUGUACCAUUACUUUUUAGUUGAAGUUAUUUGUCACUAAGGUUGUGUUUAACCUAAUCAUCAUUAAUUUGUAUAACCAGUGUAAUUUUUGUCAUAUUUUAUAGAUUUAUGUUGAUUUAAAAUAAACAUUUAUUUCAAUAGAGAA